AAUGUGGAGGGAGAGUGUGGACUUGGACAGACCUGAACAACUUUUAACUCCUCCAGUUGGAUGUCUUCAUUUCCAUGGAUCUGAUUACUGUUAGCUUUUAGACACAGGGUUUCAGGCUUUAGAGUGUGCUUGUCUUUGGACUUAAGGAGUUAAUGUGUUUUGAGUGUAUUUGAGUGUGUGUGUGUGUUUGAGGGGGAAAUGUCAGGAAUAACUAGGAAAGGUUCUGGGAGACCCAGCUACUACUACAGGCUGCUGGGUCGAACCCGACUCCAGAGGCAACGCAGUCGCUCCAGGAGCAGGACCAGACCUGCAAAUAAGGAUUCUCCUCCUGAUAGAGCAGGAAGGAGGCGGAGCAUGCCAGGCUCCGCCCCUGAUAAAACCCCGUCCACGAUGGAACCCACAGCUGCUGCCACGCCCUUUCGAGUUACAGGUUUCCUGAGUCGCAGAUUAAAAGGGUCAAUAAAGAGGACUAAGAGUCAGCCCAAGCUGGACAGGAAUAGCAGUUUCAAACACAUCUUGCCUGGAUUCAGACCCGGAGAUAAUGACAGAUCUCAUCUGAUGCCAAGACUGAAAGAAUCACGCUCUCACGAGUCGUUGCUCAGUCCCAGCAGUGCAGUGGAAGCUUUGGACCUCAGCAUGGAGGAGGAGGUCCUUAUCAAACCCGUACACAGCUCCAUCCUGGGUCAGGAUUACUGCUUCGAGGUGAGCACCUCAACAGGAAGUAAGUGUUUCUCAUGUCGCUCGGCUGCCGAGAGGGACAAAUGGAUGGAGAACCUCAGACGAGCCGUUCACCCAAACAAGGACAACAGCCGACGGGUAGAGAACACCCUUCGACUGUGGGUGAUUGAAGCCAAAGACCUUCCGGCCAAGAAGAAGUACUUCUGUGAGCUGUGUCUGGAUGAUGCCCUUUAUGCCCGCACUUCCUGCAAGCUGAAAGCAGACAAUGUCUUCUGGGGAGAGCACUUUGAGUUCACCAACCUGCCUGCUGUCCAAAACAUCACUGUACACCUCUACAGGGACUCAGACAAGAAGAAGAAAAAAGAUAAAAACAACUAUGUGGGACUGGUAAACAUCCCAGUAGAAAGCGUGACAAGUAGGCAACUUGUCGAAAAGUGGUACCCUGUUAGCACACCAAACCCAGGGAAAGGCAAGACUGCAGGACCUAUGAUCCGGGUAAAGACCCGCUACCAAAGCAUGAAUAUCCUUCCAAUGGAGAUGUAUAAGGAAUUUGCUGAAUACAUUACCAACAACUAUAUGCUGCUCUGCUCUGUGUUGGAACCAGCCAUCAGUGUCAAGAACAAAGAGGAGAUGGCUUGUGCCCUGGUACACAUACUGCAAAGCACUGGGAAAGCCAAGGACUUCCUGACAGAUCUGAUGAUGUCUGAGGUGGACCGAUGCGGUGAGAACGAGCACUUGAUCUUUCGUGAGAACACACUGGGAACCAAAGCCAUUGAGGAGUACCUUAAACUCGUGGGCCAGAAAUAUCUUCAGGAUGCACUGGGAGAGUUUAUAAAAGCACUGUACGAGUCAGAUGAAAAUUGUGAAGUGGACCCUUCGAAAUGUUCAACCAGUGACCUUUCUGAACACCAGAGCAACCUGAAGAUGUGCUGCGAACUCGCCUUCUGCAAAAUCAUCAACUCCUACUGUGUUUUUCCACGAGAAUUAAAAGAAGUGUUUGCAUCCUGGAGGCAAGAAUGCGGUAACCGCGGGCGUCCGGACAUCAGCGAGCGUCUGAUCAGUGCCUCAUUGUUUUUGCGUUUCCUGUGUCCGGCCAUCAUGUCACCGUCUCUGUUCAACCUGACGCAGGAAUAUCCAGAUGAACGCACGGCUCGUACACUUACACUCAUCGCUAAGGUCACGCAGAACCUCGCCAACUUCACUAAGUUCGGCAAUAAGGAAGAGUACAUGUCCUUCAUGAACCAGUUUUUGGAGCAUGAGUGGACAAACAUGCAACGCUUUCUACUUGAGAUCUCCAACCCCGAGACUAUCUCCAACACUGCUGGCUUUGAAGGCUACAUCGACCUUGGCCGUGAGCUCUCCACAUUGCACUCCUUACUAGCUGAGGUUGUGUUUCAAAUGGAUCAGGCUGCCACCAGCAAACUGGGUCCAUUACCCAGAAUCCUCAGAGAUGUUCACACUGCACUGACUAAUCCAUCGAGUGUUCAGGUUGCUGCGCCAUCUGAUAGCACACCUUCCCCUCCGCCUGCUGGAUGCAGUGUCUCUAGUAGCCUGCAGAAACUUACCAUGGACAGUGAUCUAUCAGGCCUGGUUGAUUUCACUCGUCUCCCCUCACCAACUCCAGAGAACAAGGACCUGUUUUUCGUGACACGUUCCUCAGGUCUUCAUGGCUCACCUGCUCGCAGCUCCAGCUACUCCGAGGCCAAUGAGCCUGAACUUGGCCUGUCCAAUGGUGCCAAAAGCCUGUCUUUGGUGGACUUACAGGAAGCCACCAGGUCCUUGGAACUCAUCCCAGUCUCGACAGAAAGUGCUGUUGAAAAGCACAUGGUGCCUUGGAACACCCGGGCACCACAUGGCAACCCAUCUGGAGGCCCCACGCUUCAGAAGUUGGGGCAGAAGUCAUCAAAUACAACGGCAGAGGUGCUGCCAGGCAGGCCGGUUCAGCUCCUUGCCCCUCUCUCCUUUCAGAACCCCGUGUACCAGAUGGCAGCAGGAUUGCCUUUGUCUCCUAGAAUUCCAACUGGUGGAGACUCUGGCUCGGAAUGUCACAGCUCUCUCAGCUCACACAGUAACAACGAGGAUUCUGGAUGUGGGAAACUCAGCUUCCUGAACCAAGGAGGUGGAGUUGGGGAUGAGUUGGUCAGACGCUCUGGUGAGUUUACAAGAAGGCAGCUCUCACUUACAGAAGCACCGCAUGGGGGAUGCCAAUCUGCAGUGCCACGGCAAAACAGUGCUGCUCCCCAGCGUCGAAUCGACCAACCACCACCACCUACUCAGCCUGCCGUCCCCCAUGGACGGACUCCUCCCUGCAUGCUGAGCUCUGCCCCUUACCCACGGCCCUCGAGUGGCAGCGCUGUUUCAUCGUCACCUGAUUGGCCAGGGAGUGGUGCGAGACUUCGUCAACAGAGCUUAUCGUCCAAAGGGGACAGUCCUGAGACAAAGCAGCGGUCACAGCACAAGGCCCCUUCCCCUGUGAUCCCCAGUGCGCUGGAUCGUACGGCUGCAUGGUUAAUGAAUGUGCCAUACUUAGAGCAGGACUCAGAGACAGAUCCACGCAGGGAUGAUCAGGUCCUCAAUGAGAAGUAUCAGGCAGAGAUAGCCAUGCUGCAGGAUCAGCUACGCAUGUGUGUGCAGCAGCUGGAGCAGUGUGAGGUUCGGCUGCACUCUCAGGACGAUCAGGCUCAGCAGCUGCUCCUGCAGUACCAGAACCGUCUGGAGGAAGCCGAGCAGAGACUGCACCGCCAGCAGGAGGACAAAGAGCUGCAGAUGAAGAGCAUCAUUAGUAGGUCUCUUAAUACGGCAGAACCCACAGAAAUUUGGUUGAUGUCUGUCGAAGAUGAACUCAAGAAGGAUCAUGCUAACAUGCAGUCCAUAGUCGACUCCAAGCAGAAAAUUAUAGACGCGCAGGAAAAGCGGAUAGCUUCUCUGGACGCGGCGAACGCAAGGCUCAUGGGCGCUCUGUCUCAGCUGAAGGAACGCUACAGCAUGCAGACACGCAACGGCAUCUCGCCCACAAACCCCACCAAGCUACAGAUCACUGAGAACGGAGAGUUUCGCAACAGCUCCAACUGCUGAAGACAAAUUAGACAAAAAUUCACAUCUUAAUUGGGACUAAAAAAUGGACGAGGACAGGAGACGCAACCAGACUUUACUGGAGGUUAAAAAAAUGCUUUUGACUAUGUCUCUUGAGGAUGAGCUUUGGGAUGAAAAAGGAACUGACUUAAAAAGUUGCUAAAUUCUAUUCUGGGACAAAGACACGAGUGAAACCUCAGACUUAUGGCUGUGACCUAGCAGAAGUGUCUGCUACUUCAGUUUAGGACAAACCACUAGGUGGAAAUCUCUAUCAGACAUAAAACAAAAAGGACAUCCUGGUACCUCACUUUAUUUAUAUGGACAAUACAAACUUGAUCCAACUUGAUCCCUCAUCCAAAUCAUUGGAAAAGGUCAUUGUUUAAAGCUUUGAGUGUUCUAGAAAUACCAAGCUUCGUCCUGCACUCCUUCUCUUACAUGGACUUGACUCCACUUCGGCCAAAUAUAGUGCACUUUGUGAGCUAUUAACGUAAUAAGCCUUAAAAAAAAAAAAGAACUGCAGCUCCUUUAUUCCUUGAUCUGUGUCAAAAGUAUUAUUUAUUUUUAAAAACCUAGUCUUGGCAAGAGAGGAACACUUAAUUCUAUGUGUAAUGUAUAUUUAGCCACACACCGGCCGGAAGCGUGCAACAUUUCAGCGCUAAAAAAAAUAAUUACAGAGUAAUUUUAAUACCAAAUGAUCUUAUAAAAUAUCGAUAUAUAAUAAACUAUUAUAUUAAUUAUAACCAAUAUUAUUCAGAAAUCACCUCCUAAAGCUUUGAUAGCACUUUAUUCUGCUAGCUAUGCCAUUUCCUGUCCUUUUUUUUUUUUUUUUUUACCUCCACAGAUAUACUACAGAUAUAGUUCCCACUUUAACACAGUCGAUACUUCCUGAGGCUCCCAGACACCAAGUAUGCAGUCAGUUCCCAUUAAUCCUAUACAUUAUUUAUUAGCCUUUCGGCUUAAAACGGCCUCCACAGACUUUUUAAAAAUUGAUUUUACUGUAACUAGCCAUGAAAGCAGUUAAAAUCUUAAUGAGCAUUCUUAUUAUUAACAUUAGCUUGUCAGCAGCCACAACCGUGAGUUCGAUCUCUGUGUGUUGCUUUGUUUCCCACUUUGGUGCCUGCUUUCUCAGAAGGCUGUGGUGUCUUUAUUUUUCUCUUUCCGUUCCGUAUGGUGCCAGGUAUAGUCCGUACUCCUUCAGCGUACAUAGAGCUUGUAUAUUUUUGUAUUCCUGUUCAUAACUGCUUACGGAGCCACAUGCAGGUAUUCAUAACAUGCACUGUGGUGAAAUGUGAUGCUGAAGCUUUAAUUCAGCCAAACGCCCGCAAAAAAAUAAUCUAAAGAUGAAACAAAGCCUUGGCAUCGAUAUUUUUCAAGAAAAAAUGUUCAAGAAAAGAAAGAAAGAAAGAAAGAAAGAAAGAAAGAAAAACAAUCUAUCUGCUCUAGCAAGACAACAGAUGUGUCCUGUAAAUAUUCUAUGAAAUAAAAUAUAAAGAAAAAAUAUAUAAAUAUACAUAUAUACGAACUCCAACUUCUGUGUUCUGCUGAUAGGACUUAGAGAUUCCAUUUCCUACCUUGUUACUGCUGUUUUAAUGCGAUGUGUCCUUUUAUUUUUGAUAUCCAGUGGUGAAUGCAGUUGUUCCGAUGAUAUAUUAAUCUACGUUCAGCUCAUGCUGCAAAAGAUUUCUUUAUCCAGAGAGUUUACAGAAUGCACAGAAGAAGCACAAAAACCAUCAUCGUUUUAUUCAGCCCUGUUAAAUACACAUUAACUAUGCACUUUUUUUAAAAAGUCCCCCUUGAAUGGAAAGUAUGAGAUCGUUAAGUUAGAUCAAGUCCUGUUAGAAAUGGCAAAAUCGGUCCCUCUCUAUUUUUUUUUUCUUUUAGAAAACUACAGAUGAUUCAGUAAAUUUACAAGCACUGGAUUCUUCUUUUCAACUCCCACCAGUGAAGAGACGUAUGUAAAGACUUUCUACGAUAGCUGUGCUCGUAUUUGAUGCACAUGAAUCGAAGACGGCUUUGGCAGAAUGUGUUUGGUGCCAUGGCCCAAAUCUGCAGAAAUUCUGCAAUAAUUUAGAAAAAUUGCAAGCUUCUCCGAAUAUCGCAGCGUUUAUACCGAAUAUUGCAGUAAUUUCUGCUAUCAAAAAAACUUAAAAACCUGGAGGGACUUCUGUACAAUUUAACAUCAAUGUUUAUUUAGAAAGUCUUAGGGGGGUUGGAGCUUUCCUUCCAUUUUCGUUUUUUUUUUUUUUUUUUUUUUUUACACAUUGUGCCCAUUUUACAGUAGAUGCAAAAAAAUGUGCAGUCUGAACAGCCCCGAAAUGGAUUUUUAGUGUUUUCUAUCCUAAUAUGUUUUGUGCAUUUCUUCUUGAAAUCGUCCUGAUUUCUAUCCAGUGGCGUGUACAUGAACAUUCAACUUUAAAGCGCUGGUAACCAUGCUUAUAACACACAUAUUUCAUUCGCUCGCAUCCAACUGAACCGUAGGCCUUUCCCAAAUGACAAUCUCUUCUGAACAUCUCCAUCGGCUAAGUGAUUAAGUCAUCGUGUUGGUUCUUUUUCUUUUUUUACUGUGCAGCACACAAAGCAAAGUAUUCUCCAACAUCUCCAGGUCCUUUUCCGUUUCGCGCUCGUUCGUCAGAUAUCCGGGUGGCACUUACACCUGUUCUCAGCAGUCGAUGUGGUAUAUAAGCUUUGUCAAGAAGAGACACGAAUCUCUAAAUGAAUAUGAGACGAUGUUAUAUGUUGUAUAAUCCUUGUAGAAAACCUUUUUUGUAAGUAUGUUUAAAGUAUUGGCUUCUUUUGAGGACGAGAAACAAUAAUGUACAGAGAGAUAUGUCCAUGUUAAGAACUAUGAAAUUGUGGCUGUGCAAUUUAAAUGUACAUCAGCAACUAGGAUAAUUAAAGUUUUAUUUAGAUAUUUUA